CCAUGAAACGAGGGCAAGUGCAGGCGCUCUCUGUUCUCAAAGCAUGCCAAAAUUAUACGGCCAAUACCUCACAACUCACAACAAGGGCUCCUACAACUCUUGUUGGUCCUCCAGAGCUCAAAUCUUUAUCGCCGCCACUACAACCACCACAACCCCAAUUAGUACCGAAACUCGCUUCCAGUCUUAGCCACGGGACCAAGAUCCCCUGCUCCUACGGUAACCCCUGCCUUGAUCUCUAUUUCCACGUCCUGCCAGGCACCCCGGACUCCGGUAGCUAUCUGAAACAACUGCUCCCGCUGGCCUGGUCCCACAAUUCCUUAACCACCCUCAAGCUCAUCUGCAAGCUACUAGGCAGAAGCUUCCACCUCGAAGAAUUGUUCUACACAGCGGCGCUUUGGCUCCACCAGAACCACCCCAAGACCCUAGCGCACAACCUCCUGCCAAUUGCUGGGUCGUUGGGGGGUCGUUGGGGCGUUUCAGAUCCCUUCUCGAGGUUCUGUACGGGGUUCUAGAAGGCCGGGAUGAUGCCAACUACAAGAGGAAGAGGAUAAAGAGGAUGCAAAACCUGCUGUAUUAUUAUGAUGACUUGAUAAUUAAAACAGUAGGCAGCGGGAGG